CCCCAUUAUGUUGCAAGUGAUGCCAUGCUAUAAAUAGAGAGCAGACACAGAGAGUGAAAGAAAGAAAAUGAAGGAAAGCUAGGCUACCUCAUAGCUACCUAUUCAAAAAACCACUUGGUAGAUCUGUAAAGUAGCUGCUGCAAGCUGAUCAUCACCUAUUCUCCAGUGAUUUGAAGUUGCAGCACUUAGGAAUGGAAAUACACCACUAGUACCAUACUAUUUCCCUCAUCUCUUUGUUUCUGUAACCAGAUAACUGCAGGUAUCGAUUAAGUCUGAUUCCCGCUUUUUCUUACUGUCUGUAAACUUUUAUCAGAACCAAAAUGUUGGACUAUGAAUGGGGCAACCCUUCAAGUUUGAUGGUGAAUGGAGAUGACCCACCCGACCAAGAUUCGGGUCAUAACCCACAACUUUACAAUCAUUACACACAAACUUUCGACCAAAAUCUCUUGAACCCUAAUCAUCAUAAUCAUCAAAAUACCUAUGAAAACCAAACUCACCACCCAUAUUUUCACUACCCACCAACCCAUAACACUCAUUUACAGUCCCUUUAUGACCCGAACUCUUACGGGUCAUACCCGGACCCGGAUCCGAGAAUGAUGUCGCUCGACCCGGUUCAUGACCCGACCCGGUUCAUGGUUGUGCCGAAGAGCGAACCGGCCGGUUUUGAGUAUGGGACUAGUAGGAUUGGGCUUAAUUUAGGGGGGCGGACUUAUUUUUCUUCGUCCGAGGAUGACUUUGUGAACCGGCUGUACCAGCGGUCCAGCAUGGUCGAACCCGGUUCACUGAAUGUGCCGCGGUGUCAAGCAGCAGGAUGCAAUGCCAAUCUUACUCAUGCAAAGCACUACCACCGGAGGCAUAAGGUCUGUGAGUUUCACUCCAAGGCAGCCACCGUCAUCGCCGCGGGAAUGACUCAGCGCUUCUGCCAACAAUGUAGCCGAUUUCAUCUCCUCACCGAAUUUGACAAUGGCAAGAGAAGCUGCCGGAAAAGAUUAGCUGAUCAUAACCGGAGAAGGCGAAAAACUCAGCAAACAGAUCAGGAUAAUAAGUUGCAGCUGCAUAUUGCCAGUAAUUCAUCAUCUGAGAACCUUACAAGAUCUCCACCAGAUUCAGGUGUGCAUUCAUCUUCAUCAGUGACAAUUGCAAUUUCGCCGCCAAGGAUUUCAUUUGACAAAUUUCAGCAAAGAUCUGACUAUCAAGCCUCUAGUUCUUCAACAAACUCUCUGUUUUAGACAUCAGAUCUGUGAUUUUGAUACUUCUUCGCGAGGAGAAACCAAUUCAUUAACGCGUUCCGGAUUAUUUAAGGGAUUACUAUCUCUAUUAGCAAGUAAUUAGUUUAUCGCAUUUCUGAAUUAAGGAACAAGUGUUAACAAAUAGCUGUUUUAUCAUCUAAUUUCAAAGAAAAAUCAAUUUUUCUUUGGCUAAUAAGUAAGUCUGGAUUUUUGUGUGUUAGUGUUAUGGGAUUUGUAUCAAGUAGGAAGGUUCAUGCAUGUAAGGUCUAUUAUAUUUCCAUCUUUAGCAUUUAAAUUAUUUUC